CUCCAAUACCUCCCACCGAAAAGAGUCCUCCACUUUCCUGAAGGGAUACUCACAGAAGUUAACUAUAAAAGAAAGCUUUCAGCAAGAUAAAUGACUAAAGGCAACGGAGAAGAUCCAAAACCUGGAAGUAGGAUGGAACGAAUUCAACAAGGAGUCCGGAAACGUACACUUUUGGCAAAAAAAAAAGUGCAGAGCAUAACAAAGGACGAUGUUAAAAGUUAUUUAAUGAGGAAUGCCUUUGUGCUCUUCACCGUUGUUGCUGUGAUUCUUGGUGUAAUCCUGGGAUUUUCUCUUCGACCAUAUAAGAUGAGUUAUCGGGAAGUGAAGUACUUCUCGUUUCCAGGAGAACUACUCAUGAGAAUGCUGCAGAUGCUGGUCCUGCCACUAAUUGUAUCCAGUCUAGUCACAGGAAUUGCUGCCCUGGAUAGCAAAGCCUCAGGGAAGAUGGGAGUCCGAGCUGUAGUCUACUACAUGAGCACUACAAUCAUUGCUGUACUGAUUGGCAUAAUCAUUGUGGUCAUCAUCCACCCUGGGAAAGGUACGAAGGAAAACAUGCACAGAGAAGGCAAAAUUGUGCAAGUGACAGCAGCAGAUGCCUUCCUUGAUUUAAUCAGAAAUAUGUUCCCUCCAAAUCUGGUGGAAGCUUGCUUUAAACAGUUCAAAACCAACUAUGAAAAGAGAAAGUUUAAAGUAGCUAUUCCAUCCAAUGACACAUCCACGGUGACUUCCAUAAUAAGCAACGUGUCAGAAGCAAUGGAAGCUCUCACCCGAAUGAAAGAGGAAAUAGUUCCUGUUCCAGGUUCUGUGAAUGGAGUGAAUGCCCUUGGCUUGGUGGUGUUCUCAAUAAGCUUUGGCCUGGUGAUUGGGAGCAUGAGGGAGCAAGGUCAGGCAUUGAAAGACUUCUUUGAUAGCCUUAAUGAGGCUAUCAUGAGAUUGGUAGCUCUAAUCAUGUGGUAUGCUCCACUUGGAAUUCUCUUCUUGAUUGCUGGGAAGAUUGUUGAGAUGGAAGAUAUGGGUGUGAUCGGUGGUCAGCUUGCCAUGUACACUGUAACAGUUAUCAUUGGUUUGCUAAUUCAUGCUGUCAUUGUCCUACCUCUUCUCUACUUCGUGAUCACUCGUAAGAAUCCGUGGGUAUUUAUUGGAGGCUUAAUCCAGGCAUUAGUCACAGCUUUGGGAACAUCUUCCAGUUCCGCAACACUACCUGUUACAUUUAAGUGUCUAGAAGAAAUCAAUGGAGUGGACAAACGAGUUACAAGAUUUGUACUCCCAGUUGGUGCUACAAUUAAUAUGGAUGGAACUGCUUUGUAUGAGGCUUUGGCUGCAAUUUUCAUUGCACAGGUCAACAACUUUGAUCUGAACUUUGGACAGAUUAUCACCAUCAGCAUCACUGCUACAGCUGCCAGUAUUGGGGCUGCAGGCAUUCCUCAAGCUGGACUGGUCACCAUGGUCAUUGUGCUCACAUCAGUAGGUUUGCCUACAGAUGAUAUCACUCUUAUCAUUGCAGUGGACUGGUUCUUGGAUCGUCUCCGUACCACUACCAACGUCUUGGGAGACUCCAUUGGAGCAGGAAUUGUUGAACAUUUAUCACGGCACGAGCUGAAGAACAGGGAUGCUGAGAUGGGAAAUUCCGUGAUAGAGGAGAACGAAAUGAAGAAACCAUACCAACUGAUCUCGCAAGAAAAUGAGAAUGAGAAACCAAUAGAUAGUGAAACCAAGAUGUAGGCUAGAGAAAGCGUGAGUUCGACACUAACUGUGUGGGAAAACACACACUUUUUCCGGCGAUUUAUAUCUUGAAUUCACCAACUUCAUCAAUUCCUUGAUUUCUCCCUUUAUGCUCGCACUGGAAAGAAUUAAUGAAAACAUAUUCCAAACUAGCAGCGAUCAUGGUAUAUGUUGGCUUCCCACUUAAAAAAAAUUAACAGGCAACAACACUGGUCCUGCUAGACAUAUGCUAACUGGGGAUAAAAAAAGAGAUUGUGUAUAUGUUACUCAGUCCUGUGAAUCUUUUUUUUUUUUUUUAUGAACUGGAAAGUAAAAACAGAUAACAGAGCCUGAAAAUGGUUUUAUUUUUUUAAAUACCUGUUGCAAAAUUCCUAACAUCUAUAAACACACAAUCAACACUUCUAACUUGAAAACUGCAUCCAGCUAAGUAAAUUAACAGGACUUUUGCUAUUUUAUCUGAAUUUUUUUUUCUCUAGUGUUGUAUUAUUGUUCAAAUACUAGCAGGACAAUAAAAAGCAGGAGAUUAAGUGAGGGGAUAAAAAGGGGGAAGAUAUAUAAACAAAGAAAAGAAUAUACCCCCAAAUCAGCACUUUUACCAGCUGAGAUGAAAUAUUUCUGAGAAAGUUAUUUUAUCUAGACAGGUUUGCAAAUUAGAUUCAUCUGAUCUUUAUAAAAAUUUAGCCUAGUUGGCUCCCACUGACUCGCAAACAUUUACACACGCAUAUAUGUACUUCCAAUUUGGAUUUGCUCCCUUAAUUUCAAUAUUUCAACUCAGUUAAACAAUCUGUGUAUGUGUUUGCAGGAGCAAAGCCCUGGUCUGAGACAGAAAAUGUGUCUUCAUCUCUGUUUGGAUAAAAAAAUUUGCACGCUCUGGAUGCACUAAUGAGCUACUUAAUAAGCAAUUAUCAGAAGGCAAUGCCAGCCUUCUACAGAAGGUGCAGAGGGUGAGAUGUUCAGAUCCUAAAUGGGCUGUGCUCUGAAUCUGAAUCCCUGAGACCAGCAGAGGUUUUCUGACUGGAAACCUCCCAAAUUCUUGAUCCCCUAAUAAAUGACAGAAGUAUGAACUGGAUUUACAUUUUGCCAUCUGGAGAAGUCUCCUUAUCUUAAUGUGAAAUUUUUAAUUCCUAGGGAGUUUACCAGUAGCACCUGAAAAAGAAGAUAAAAGCCUUUAGAAAAUAAAAUUAAUGGGUUCUUUUGUAUUUUUAUUAGGAAAAGAUAUGCAAAUUGAAAAAUAGUAAAACUAUAAUAUAUGUGGAAAUUUUAAUUAGAAAGGAUUUUAAAAUUAAAUAUUGUAAAU